AUAUAUAUAUACAUAUAUGACUAUGGAGAUUAAUAGAGGUACAGACUUGGAUGGUUCAACAAUAGCAAGAAAAACUGUUGCAUCAAAUAAUUAUAAAGAAAUAUACAUGUGUGUGUGUGUGUGUUUUUUUAUGGGAAAACUAUGAGUUAUUAGGGUAAUGAUAGAAGUCACCAAUCAGUUCACCCAAAUAUAGAUGGGGCAACAAAGAAAGACUAGCCAAUUCUACGACCACAGCUAUUGGUGGCGGACCACCAUCCAUAUAUAAGACCCAUAGCCAUGGUUAGAUCCAACAUCAUCAUUCUCAUUUUAUCACUGUUAAUGUGGUAGGGAAGAGGAAAUGGAGUUCUGGCCACCGUGGGCCACCAUGCCACAUCCAAUAGAGGGAGAGAUAUAUAGUGCUUAUAUUAUGUGAGCUUCGUGUAUAAUCACUUUUUGGCUGGUGCCUGUUCCAUUACGUCACCACCCAUUUUUAAUGCUAAUUAUUGUUCUUCUUUCUUUCUUUCUUUCUUUUAGAGUCUUCUUGUCUCUUUUAAGCUUUCUUGAUUGGUCUUUCUUGUAUAAUAGACCAGGAAGAAGAAGAAGAAGAAUAUAUUUUGAUCAGAGUCUUUAUCAGUUGCGGGUAGAGGUGGCAGUAGUGAAGGGUUUCUAUAAGGGUUAGUUUCUAUCCAAAGAACCAAUAUUCGCGCCUCCUUUUUUCCAGCCCAAAUCUUGUCCACCAAUUCAGCUAAAUCCGACAGUGAGAGACAACGAGAGCUUAUGAUUUUGAACAUAAUUUUUUUUCUUACAAAGAUGAUGAUAACAAUAAUUUGUCAUUAGCGUUCCUGUUUUUGUUUUUGUUUCUUUUUGCCCUUUCUCUCUCAUCCGCUUUCCCCUUCUUAUAUAACCCUACUUAGUAUCCUUUCUUCCAUUCUUCUCUCGCCUUUUCUUUUCUUUUCCUUUCCUUUCUAGGAGUUUUCUUCUCUUCCUCGGGAUCUGAUCCGACAACUCGACAGAAACUGUUUGUGCGGGAGGACAAAAAGCUCUGUGGUUCAAUUCCCGAGGAAAUUAAUAUCUUCAUUAUUGCUUUUCUUUCUUUUUUUUUUUUUCUUGGUUUCUUGUCUGAAGUUCAGCUGCUUCCAGUUUAGGGGUUGUAGUUCUAUUUUUGGAGCAACAGGGUUCGGCUUCUUCAAUUGAAGGAAAGAUUCAAUCAACAUAGAUCUGUGGUUACAAGGUCUAGAAAUCGCGGUUGCUUUGAUAAGAGUGAAGAACAUGAGUGCUUUCUCACAUGUUCCUCCCGGUUUUCGGUUCCAUCCCACCGAUGAAGAACUUGUGGAUUACUACCUUAGGAAAAAAGUAAAUUCAAGAAGAAUUGACCUAGAUGUCAUUAAAGAUGUCGAUCUGUAUAAGAUCGAGCCGUGGGAUCUGCAAGAAAUAUGUCGAAUAGGAACAGAAAAUCAAAAUGAAUGGUACUUUUUUAGUCAUAAAGAUAAGAAGUAUCCGACAGGAACUCGCACGAACAGAGCCACUGCUGCUGGAUUUUGGAAAGCAACUGGUAGAGACAAAGCUAUAUAUUCAAAGCAUGACUUGAUUGGAAUGAGGAAAACCUUAGUCUUUUACAAAGGUCGUGCUCCAAAUGGACAGAAAUCUGACUGGAUUAUGCACGAGUACCGCCUCGAAACAGAUGAAAAUGGGACUCCACAGGAAGAAGGGUGGGUUGCAUGCAGAGUAUUCAAGAAGAGAAUGACAACGAUGAGGAAAGUGAGCGAGCAUGAAUCAAGCAGCAGCUGGUACGACGAUCAAGUUCCAUUCAUGCAAGAAGAGGAUUCACCAAAACGGAACUCACAGACUGAUUUGGCUUAUCAUUUAUCUUACUCCUGCAAGAAAGAGCUAGAGUUGCAGUAUCAGGUUCCUCACGAUCACUUUCUCCAGCUCCCACUUCUACAAAACCCUAAACUGCUUCAAGCUGCAGCUGCAGCUGCCACUGUAAGCUGCACUUCUAUUGCUGCAUAUGGACUAGACAUAAACCAGACAACCACUCUUCAAUCUUCACCAGAUGAGCAUCCUCAUCAAACACGUGACCGAACCUUACCAUCUCUUUAUAAUACUCAAAAUAACAAUAAUAAUAAUGGGGGAACAUUAGUUGAUCAAGUUACCGAUUGGAGAGUGCUAGACAAGUUUGUUGCUUCUCAAUUAAGCCAAGACGACGUACCUAAGCAAAAUAAUAACUACUCAAAUGCACCUAAUGCCAGCAUCUUCCAUGCUUCAGAUCAGGCACAUAUGCUUGCUAGACAAUUGAACAAGCAAGAAUCGACGAAAGAUAACGCUUCGACGUCAGCACCUGGUUGUCAAAUUGAGUUUUGGAAGUGACACUUAUUUUAUUGAAAAUUAAGGAACAGUAUAUAUAUUGAUCAUAGAAUAUGUUCAGGUAAUUAAUUAAAGAAAAAAGUUACUAUAUAUCUAAGUUCAUGUACAUAAUAAAAGCUAAAAGCAUGUAACUUUAACUGUUUUCGUAGAGUUAAGUUAAUUCCUACCAGCCAAAUUAGCUAGUUAGUUGAAAAUUCAUCAUGUCACUGUAAGAUGAAUUGAUAUUUUUAGGCAAGUGUUGCAGUAUCAUUGUCUGUACGUAAGGGCAUUUUUUUAAUUAAUGUAGCCAGUGGCCUGAACUCUGUAGUAGCCACAUGUGCUGCUUAUAGAAUCGACUGGGUGGUCGAUUAAGACAUAUUUGUAUCGUCAACUUGAUGAAACAAUGUUAGAAUAAAGCUUUUCUUUUCUUUUUA